AAUAAGAACUCAAGGUGCUGAUGACGUUUCACCUGAUAAAUUCCAUAAAAUCAUGAAUUAUAAACAAUGCCAGUCCGUUUGGUUUUAUUAAAGUUUAUAAUACUCUUUAUAUAUAGUAAUUACUUAUAAACAUACAUAAGCGAUAAUGUUAAUAUUCACCGGAAGUUCUUUAAGUGCUCAGUACCACACAAUUUCUUUUAUCUCAACAUUCAAUUUGGUGAAAAUGUCUCGCUUAUCUUUGGGUUCUUUUUUAUUCAUUUCUCUUUGACGUAGAAGAAACCACGUUGCAAGAUAGAGGGCAAACCCAGCAAACACCAGAAACACCUGAGCUAACAGUGGGACAAUAGGUCUAUCGAGGCUUUACUUAAUGGUUUAUAUAGAGACCCGUAUAGCCGACACGUAACCACGGAUAUUCGGCAAGGAUGAGGCGACCCAAUCUCAAGUGGAUAGUGAAGGCCUCGCUGCUUUUGUUUAUCUCCCUGACACUCUUCAUACUGAUAACCAGCUGGAUCUCCUCCAGUCCGUACACUAAUAAGCCCGUACAUCACGGCGUAGAGCCCCUGCCCGAACAGGCUGGACUUUCCGGCGAUGUCCAGCAGCCAAGGAAGCCAGUUCCCGAGGCAAAAGUUAAGAAACCAGAUGUGAAACAGUCAGAGGAACACGAUCUUGAAGAGGAUCCAGAGCUGCAGAAGAUCGAUGAGCCGGAGCCGGUGGGCGAUGAGCAGCCUCAGGAGGAGCUGCAGGUGGCCCCACCCGCCGAUGGUUCGGUGAAGAAGGACUGGCAUGAUUAUACGGCUAUGGCCAGAGAUGCACAGAGAGUGGGUCUCGGGGAAAAAGGAAAAGCCGCCACGCUGGACGACGAGACCCAGCGCGAGUUGGAGAAACAAAUGUCGCUGGAGAAUGGAUUUAAUGCGCUGCUUUCGGAUUCAAUAUCAGUUAACCGCUCGCUGCCGGACAUCCGCCACCAUCUCUGCCGCAAAAAGGAAUAUGUGGCCAAGUUGCCCACUGUAAGUGUGAUCAUCAUCUUCUACAACGAAUAUUUGAGCGUACUGAUGCGCUCGGUUCAUAGCUUGAUCAACCGUUCACCGCCCGAGCUUCUCAAGGAGAUAAUCCUGGUGGACGAUCACAGCGAUCGGGAUUAUUUGGGUCACGAUUUGGAGGCCUACAUUGCGGAUCACUUCAAGUGGGUUCGCGUGGUGAGAUUGCCAAAACGCACGGGCUUGAUUGGAGCCCGAGCUGAGGGAGCCAGGAAUGCCACUGCUGAAGUGCUCAUCUUCCUCGAUUCUCACGUGGAAGCCAACUACAACUGGUUGCCUCCGCUGCUGGAACCGAUCGCCUUGAACAAACGGACGGCGGUGUGUCCAUUUAUCGAUGUGAUCGAUCACUCCAACUUCAACUACCGGGCGCAGGAUGAGGGUGCCCGAGGAGCCUUCGACUGGGAGUUCUACUACAAGCGACUGCCCUUGUUGGAAGAGGAUCUGCAGAAGCCGGCGGAUCCCUUCAAAAGCCCCGUAAUGGCUGGCGGACUGUUUGCCAUUUCCACGGAGUUCUUCUUUGAACUGGGCGGCUACGACGAGGGUCUGGACAUCUGGGGCGGAGAGCAGUACGAGCUGAGCUUCAAGAUCUGGAUGUGCGGCGGUGAAAUGUACGAUGCUCCCUGCUCUCGCAUUGGUCACAUAUAUCGGGGACCCCGCCACCAUCAGCCAAGUCCCAGAAAGGGCGACUAUCUGCACAAGAAUUACAAACGAGUGGCGGAGGUUUGGAUGGACGAGUACAAGAACUACCUGUACAGCCACGGCGAUGGACUCUAUGAAAGCGUAGAUCCUGGAGAUCUGACCGCACAGAAGGCGAUCCGCACCAAGCUGAAGUGCAAGUCCUUCAAGUGGUUCAUGGAGGAGGUGGCCUUCGAUCUGAUGAAGACCUACCCGCCGGUGGAUCCGCCGAGCUAUGCUCUUGGCGCCCUGCAGAAUUUGGGCAAUACGAAUCUAUGCUUGGACACGAUGAGCAGAAAGAAGCACAACAAGAUGGGAAUGUACUCAUGUGCCAACGAUAUAAAGAUUCCACAGAAAACUCAGUUCUGGGAGCUGAGCUGGAAACGCGAUCUGCGUUUACGGCGAAAGAAGGAAUGCCUGGACGUACAGAUCUGGGAUGAUAAUGCCCCCGUUUGGCUGUGGGACUGCCAUGGACAGGGUGGCAAUCAGUACUGGUUCUAUGACUACCACAAGAAGCUACUUAAGCACGGCGCGGAGGGCAGAAGAUGCCUGGAGCUGCUGCCCUUCUCCCAGGAGGUGGUGGUCAACAAGUGCGACCCCGACAAUCGUUUCCAGCACUGGAACUUCGGCUCCUUCAAUCAGACGUCGUUGGACAACUACUCCAAGGAACUCGUCCUCAACCUUUAAACGCAGCUCAGCGAUAGUAUCACUUGCCAUGUACUUAGAAAACUUCGAUGUAAAUAACUAGGCUAGCUAGGUUGUAAGGCACUUUGGCCAAUUUACAAUUUACUCCGACUCAAGCGCACAUUUCCAUUGCUGCAUUAAAGGCUAUCUUUAUAAAUAGUGCAUCUCAACGUAAUUAUAAUUAACACAAAAUUUAUUUGUGGUGAUUUUUUGGAAUUUUGUUUGGUUUUAAGCAAGAUUCUAAAUGUAUUAUGAAAGGAAAAUUCAUAGUAAGCCUUGAAAUGGUCAUAAAUUUUGACAUGUACGACUUUGUAUGCCAGAAAAAUUGUUUUCCAUUAAAAUUUAGAAGUUAAACAAAUUACAGCAAACUUAUUGAAGUCCCAUAUGAUAAAACCACUUUAAAACCACGUAAGAAAGAAACAAAUUGGCGAUUUUAACUUUGUUUUCGUUUUAUUUAAUAUUAAUAUCUGUUUGCUUUCCAUGCGCGUACUUUAAAUAAAUAUAAUUUAUGUUUUUUUCUCAUCCAUCCAUCUUCGUGCUGCACAAUCUGUAUAUACGUUCUCGGUUUGUGUGUAUCGUUUUACAAUAUGUAUGUAUCAUCGCUAUAUCGUAUCUCUCGCUGAUUUCGCACCUGAAAGUCGCUAUACCAGGUGCGUUAUCUUUGUUCUCUUUUCUGAUUUCUAAUUUCUGAUUUCGGCUUAUUACUUAUGCUGCUCAGUGUUAAUUGGUUUUUGUUUCUGCUUUAUCAUAUGCCAAUACGUAUAGUUUAUAUAUAAGGUGCACGCCGGUCGCCCCGCGAAACUCAAAAGUCGAUUUGGGGUGUUGUGUAACUUAAUAAUGGCAAAGGAUUUGCUUUUAUUUGAAAAUGAUAAAAAAGCAUUUACAAACUAUAAUAGUUGUUGGCUUGCGUAAUCAGUUAAUCAAUUAUCAAUUAUCAUAAGUUAUAUUAAUAUAUAUAUAUAUUUAUAUAAACAUUUAAAUAUUUAUCAAAACAUGUUUUUUCUUGUUGCUCAAAAGUCUUCUUCGCUGCCUUACAUUUACAUUACAUUACGUACAAUCGUCGAAAUUAAAAAUCGUAUUAUCAAUAACCGUUUUUUGCUUAUCCUUUCCUUUUUUGUUUUGUUUUGUGCAAAAUAUAUUUAUAUGUAGACUAAUUUGAUUUGAAAUUCAGUUGCGCUGCCACAUUUUGCAUUCUAAUCUUUAAUUUUUAUUUUACCUUUUGGAUGGAUGCAAAUUAUUAAUUGAGUUUUAUACAACAAUUACAAAUGGUUAGGCAAAUAAGUUUAGUAUUAGUUGUUGGUUGUUUAGUGCUUAAUACUUGAUUGGUUUCGAGUCUUUUUGGGUUUUUCAAACUAAAUCUUGCAGAAAUAAUAAUAACUAGAAUUAACCCCUUAUUUGCCGUCGAUUUGCGCAUAAAUAAAUAUAUAACUUUCGUUUUGUGUUGCAUGUGUGUGUGUUGCUUAAACUUAGUUUAAAUUAUGAUUAAAGUUUAAAAUGUCUUGCUGCCUUAUAUUUCCAUCGGUUUAUCUCUUU